GAACGUUGGUGAACACGCCUAUAUUUCGUCUACAUAGGCCAGGAGCGAAAGCGCAGGAGCAACUCAACACUGAAGAGAUCGCUGGCUGACGCUCUCCCGUCUCUCACCACAUACCCUCUGCAGCCUGUUGAAAUAAAAGUGUGUUUAGUGCAGAGCAGCAGCACUGGUGUGUGCCUCUCCUCUUCAGGCUCAGUAGAAUGGCCCUCAUCAGGAUCCUGAUUGCUGGGGGGCUGCUGAGCUGCCUCUACUCUCUCUGCUCCUCCACAGGAACACCCGAGCCGUCUUUCUUGGUGACCUUUCCUGCCCUGAUGAGGUCAGAGUCAGAAGCCCAACUCUGUGCCAGCCUCCUGAGUCCAAAUGAGACUCUGCUCAUGUCCAUAUAUCUGAUUAAUGGAGACGAGAAGAAGACUCUUCACCAGGAAACAUCAGACAAGGACUUUCACCGCUGUUUCCAGUUCCAGGCCCCUUCGGUAAAUAAAGACACUGUGCAGAAGAUCAAAGUGGAGAUCAAAGGGCAAACAUCUCACUGGACUUCAGAGAGUCUGGUUAAGUUCAUCCCUGAACCUGCUCCCAUAACCUUCAUCCAGACGGAUAAGCCCAUAUACAGCCCAGGCCAAACCGUGCACUUCAGAGUGGUUACCAUGGAUACGGAUUUCAUUCCUCUUCAUCAGAUGGUGAGUUUAGCUGAACGUUCGACUUUCAGGAGCUCCGGACUCUCACUUUUGUGACGAUGGUUUACUGUC